AUGAGUGAAACUCAAGUACAUCCUGCGGUCCCAGCACUGUUCAAGGAGCUGCCGAGCAUCCAAGACGCUCUCAACACCGAGACAACAAAGCUUCAAGAAGAAACAGUAAACAAAUGCUUACCAUUCCUGAAAGGUAUCCAUAGCAGUCAACAGGGACCGUUCAAUCAGUUUGGGGUACCGGCACUUAACCGUGAUGAUCAUAUUGCCUACCUGUAUGACUCUCUAGAGGACUAUCCGGGGAGUUUUGUGGCCCUUGAUGCCAGUCGUCCCUGGAUGGUUUACUGGGCUCUAGCUGGCUUAACUCUACUAGGUGAAGACAUCAGUCAGUUCCGUGAACGACCUAUGCAGAAUGCCACUGGUGGGUUUGGAGGAGGACAUGGCCAACUGUCCCACUGCGCACCCACCUAUGCUGCCGUUCUAUCGCUCGCCAUGAUUGGUGGCGAAGAGGCUUUCCAAUUGAUCGAUCGCGAGGCAAUGUGGAGAUGGCUCGGAAGGCUGAAGCAGCCCGACGGUGGCUUUAGAGUAUCCGAGGGUGGGGAAGAAGAUGUGAGAGGCGCUUAUUGCGCGAUGGUGCUUUUAUCGCUCCUUGGCCUGCCACUUACCUUGCCACCUGAUGCCGAAGCUCGGAAGCAAGGGUUCGAAACGUUCACCAGUGGCCUGUCAGAUUAUCUAUCAAGAUGCCAGACUUUCGAAGGUGGCAUCUCCGGUAAUCCCGGGUCGGAGGCGCAUGGCGCCUACGCUUUUUGCGCUUUGGCGUGCUUAUGCAUUCUAGGCAAGCCCGAAGCGACCAUUUCCAGAUGCGUGGAUGUUCCAAUGCUCCUAUCAUGGCUUUCCGCUCGACAGUACGCUCCUGAAGGAGGGUUUGCUGGACGGACCAACAAGUUGGUGGAUGGAUGUUACAGCUUUUGGGUCGGGGGUUGUUGGCCAUUGAUUCAAUCCGCAAUUAACGGCACCCAACCAGCUACAGCUCCUAAGCAGGCCUCAACGGGCAACCUCUAUAGCCGCGAAGGCCUGACAAGAUACAUCCUUGCUUGCUGCCAGGGAAAGCACGGAGGGCUUCGUGACAAGCCCGGGAAACAUCCAGAUUCGUACCACACAUGCUAUACUCUCACUGGGUUGAGCACGGCCCAAUAUCACCACUACCAUACCGAUGCUAGCGCAAGCUCCAAGGAGGACUUCUCCUCGGCAUUUUCCUGGAAAUUCCUUCCUGCCACCAGCUCGAACAAUGACGGAUCAGAUUUGAGCGUAUUCGAUGAGAAGGAUCGGCUCACAGCGCUCCACCCUCUCUAUGUCAUUCCCCAUCAGGCUGCCGAGAAUAUGCGUACAUGGUAUGAAAAUGUACCGCUUGAGGUCUAG